AUGAAUGCUUUAGAAAAUGUUAAUGGUUCUGCCUCAUAUAUCUCAUUCCUUAAAGAAUUACCAGGUACUGUUGCAGUAAUUACUUCUGAUGGAAGAAUGAUUGUGGGAACCCUCAAAGGUUUUGAUCAGACCAUUAACUUGAUUUUGGAUGAAAGCCAUGAACGAGUGUUCAGUUCUUCACAAGGAGUUGAGCAAGUAGUGCUGGGAUUAUACAUUGUAAGAGGUGAUAACGUUGCUGUUAUUGGUGAAAUUGAUGAAGAAACAGAUUCAGCUCUUGACUUGGGAAAUAUUCGAGCAGAACCUUUAAAUUCAGUUGUGCAUUGAAAAGAUGAAAAUGCACAGGGACUUUGUAAAUCUUUGGUUGUACAGACCUAUUUAACCACGUGGAUGAUUUUUACAAAUUGUGUGUAAUUUGUUUGGUCAUCAAUUUUGUAUUAUGAAUAUGUUGAAGUUUUGCAUGUAAAUUAAAGUUUCUACAUUUUACUAAA